CGCCGCCAUCUCCCGCUGCCGGCGCGCCUAUGGCGGCCGGGCGGUGAGACGAGGCGAUGAGGAGCCGCAGUAAUUCGGGAGUGCGCCUGGACGGCUACGCCCGCCUGGUACAGCGGACCAUCCUCUGCCACCAGAACCCAGUUACAGGGCUGCUUUCAGCUGGUACGGACCAUAAGGAUGCAUGGGUACGGGACAAUGUCUAUAGCAUCCUGGCAGUGUGGGGGCUUGGCAUGGCCUACAGAAAGAACGCAGACCGGGAUGAGGACAAGGCCAAAGCCUAUGAGCUUGAGCAGCUGAUAGGGCUGGUAGUACAGGAGUGUCACUGGUCUGCUUUAUUCCUGCAGAACGUUGUGAAGCUGAUGCGAGGUCUCUUACAGUGCAUGAUGAGACAGGUAGAUAAGGUGGAGAAGUUCAAACGCACACAGAGUACCAGGGACUGCCUGCACGCCAAGUACAACUCUGCUACUUGUGCCACAGUGGUUGGAGAUGAUCAGUGGGGACAUCUGCAAGUCGAUGCCACUUCUCUUUACUUGCUCUUCUUGGCACAGAUGACUGCAUCAGGGUUACGUAUCAUUUUCACCCUUGAUGAAGUUACCUUUAUUCAGAAUCUUGUUUUUUACAUAGAAGCUGCCUACAAAGUUGCUGAUUAUGGAAUUUGGGAACGUGGUGAUAAGACAAACCAAGGCAUCCCAGAACUGAACGCAAGCUCCGUAGGGAUGGCCAAAAUCCAUACCCUAUGUGGCACAGCAAACCCCACAUCAGCAAAGCCAGGACACUUCCAGGUUGACGUAGGGGUGCACAGAGAUGAAUGGGCUGCUUUGGAAGCAAUUGACGAAUUAGAUCUUUUUGGAGCUCAUGGAGGGCAUAAAUCAGUGAUUCAUGUUCUUCCCGAUGAAGUAGAACAUUGUCAGUCUAUACUAUACUCCAUGUUGCCAAGGGCAUCCACGUCAAAGGAAAUAGAUGCUGGCCUUCUCUCCAUAAUUUCAUACCCAGCUUUUGCAGUGGAGGAUAUAAACCUUGUUAACAUAACCAAGAGUGAAAUCAUAUCCAAAUUGCAAGGCCGCUACGGCUGCUGUCGCUUUCUCCGAGAUGGCUACAAGACACCCAGAGAGGAUCCAAGCAGAUUGCACUAUGAUCCUGCUGAGCUUAAGCUGUUUGAGAAUAUUGAAUGUGAGUGGCCGGUGUUCUGGACAUACUUCUUAAUUGAUGGAGUAUUUAAUGAGGACAAAAUUCAGGUAGAAGAGUACAGAGAGGCUUUGGAAGGAAUACUCAUCAGAGAAAAGAAUGGAAUAGUUCUAAUGCCUGAACUAUAUGCAGUCCCUUCAGAAAAGGUUGAUGAGGAGUAUGAAAAUCCUCACUCAGUGGAUCGUAUCCCAGUGGGAAAGCUGCCUCAUCUUUGGGGUCAGUCAUUGUACAUCCUUAGCUGCUUAUUAGCAGAGGGAUUUCUGGCUGCAGGUGAAAUUGAUCCCUUAAACAGAAGAUUUUCCACUGGAUUUAAACCUGAUGUGGUGGUACAAGUAACUGUUCUGGCAGAAACUAAUCAAAUUAAGAAUCUUUUGCAAGACCAUGGAAUCAAUGUUCAGAGCAUUGCUGAUAUCCAUCCACUCAGAGUGCAGCCAGCUCGCAUCCUAAGUAAUCUCUACACCAUGCUAGGUCGGAAUGAGAACAUGAAAUUAAGUGGACGGCCACACCGACACAUUGGAGUGCUGGGUACCUCCAAGCUGUACGUGAUAAGAAACCAAAUAUUUGCUUUUACCCCUCAGUUUACUGACCAGCAUCACUUCUAUCUGGCUCUAGACAAUCAGAUGAUUGUGGAGAUGCUCAAGAUAGAACUGGCUUACCUCACUUCUUGUUGGAGGAUGACAGGGAGACCAACUCUGACGUUUCCCAUCACCCACACGAUGCUUGUUGAUGAUGGUACUGACAUUCAUCCAGCAGUUCUUGCCACCAUACGAAAAUUAGAGGAUGGUUAUUUCGGUGGUGCAAGGGUGAAGAUAGGCAAGCUGUCAGAAUUUCUUACCACAUCUUUUCAUACGCAUCUGAGCUUCCUGGAUCCAGACUGUGAUAUAAAACUAUUUGAUGACUCUCAUGGAGGCUGUUGUAGCCCUGACAGUGAAUAUGGAGGCUAUCCAGCAGAUUUCUGUGAAAAAGAAAGCCAGGAUGAGCUGGAUCAGUAUAUAAAUGAUAUCCUGCAGAGUACAGCACUGAAGUCAUAUCUGCCUCCAACUUCAAAGACUGCUCAUCAGCCACUUGUGUUCAGUGCAAACCAUUCCACACAAGAGAUACUGUCAAUAAUGGCCAAGGCAAAGGGUUUGGAGAUUCCAGCUGUUUCCAUGUCUCUUCCAACUAAAGUUCUGAACACGCACCGGAAGUCCUUGAAUCUUGUUGAUAUUCCCCUUUCCCUUGAGAAAAAGGACCAUGAAAAGGUUUUGAACUUAGCUAAAGAUGCUCAUGGUGAUUUGGAUUGCAGGAAGCUUGUUGAGCAGCUGAAGGAAUGCCCAACGCUCCAUGAUCAAGCAGAUAUCUUAUAUAUCUUGCAUAUACUAAAAGGCCCUGAUUGGGAUACACUGCUGAAUGGACAAUGUGGAGUCACUGUUCACUGUCUGCUCAAUGAGCUCUACAGAAAGGCAGGCCUCAAUCAAGAGUGGGGCUUAAUCCGUUAUAUUUCUGGUAUACUUAAAAAGAGACUGGAAGUCCUGGCAGAGGCAUGCACAGACCUCCUGUCACACCACAAGCAGCUUACAGUGGGGCUGCCACCAGAACCCCGUGAGAAAAUCAUUACCACCCCUCUGCCACCUGAGGAGCUCACAGAUCUUAUUUAUGAAGCCAGUGGCCAAGACAUCAGUAUUGCUGUCCUGACACAGGAAAUAAUUAUGUACCUGGCAAUGUAUGUCCGAUCGCAGCCUAGUCUUUUCAUGGAGAUGCUCAGGCUCCGCAUUGGUCUGAUAAUUCAGGUGAUGGCCACUGAGCUGGCUCGGAGUCUGAAAUGCUCAGGUGAAGAAGCUUCAGAGAGUUUGAUGAAUCUAAGCCCUUUUGAUAUGAAAAAUCUCCUACACCAUAUUCUCAGUGGAAAAGAGUUUGGUGUGGAAAGAAGCUUGCGACCUAUGGAUUCUUCUUCAUCCAGCCCUGCAAUUUCUAUUCAUGAAAUGGGGCCUUCUGGAGCAACGAAAACAGAAAGAAGUGGUAUUACUAAAUUGAAGAGUGAGAUGAAGCAGUUCUUUCAUGAGGGCCACUCCAUGUCCAGCAGCAUGUUCGCUUCCAGGAGGAGCAGUACUCCACCAUCUCCUUCCAGUACUUCUCCCACCAGUUCCAGCGGAGACAUUAGUUGGGGUGACCGCAAAGGGCAGUGGCUGCGCAGAAGAAGGCUUGAUGGUGCCAUUAACAGAGUUCCUGUUGGCUUUUAUGAGAAAGUAUGGAAGAUUCUUCAGAAGUGCCAUGGUCUGUCCAUUGAUGGGUAUGUCCUUCCUUCUUCAACCACCAGAGAGAUGACCCCAUGUGAAAUCAAGUUUGCUGUACAUGUGGAGUCUGUGCUGAACCACGUCCCCCAGCCUGAGUACCGGCAGCUCCUAGUGGAAGCCAUUCUUGUCCUCACAUUCCUGUCUGACAUCGAGGUGAACAGCAUUGGGGGGAUCAUCCAUGUAGACCAAAUAGUGCACAUGGCCAACGACCUCUUCCUGCAGGAACUGAAAUCGUACGGAGCUACGGGUGGUAUCUUGGAGAAGGAUGUGGCCACAGGAAUUUGUCACUUCUUUUAUGACAGUGCCCCAAGUGGGGCCUACGGGACCAUGACGUACCUGACAAAAGCCAUAAUUAUUUAUUUGCAGGAUUUCCUGCCUAGCACAGGCUGUGUGAUGCAGUAAGCAAUGUCUCACUAGGGAAAAGAGGCUAGGAAGCUUCUCCCUGUUUUGCUGCCAUGAGCUGCCUGUUCGCUGCGUGUCAGCAGAUAAACCAGUCACAGUGUUAUGUUACCUGCACACCUGCCUGAGGGGGACAGGUGGGUGGAAUGUGGCCUCAUUUUAAGGGAGGGUGUGAGAAAGAGCAAAUAACGAGGCUUAUUCUGCCUAAACUGCAUAAAUGUAAUUCGUAUUAAAUUAGCAAGAAUUAGUUCUGCCAAGGGGGAAACAGAUUACUCUGUGGAGAUCAAAAGGCAUAAUAAAACGAGGGAGCUGAAUCUCA